AUGGCCGCAAUAAAGAAUAACCUUACUCUAAGAGAAGACGCACAGUUAAAAACUAUGGGCUAUUGGCAGGAGCACAACGAUGACGUACUCAGAGGUGACGUCAUCCAUAAGACCGACCAGAACACUUCCAUCACGAAGAACUGCAUCGUCAAAGUCAAUCAGACUUCGUGUAAAGACUUCGAAGGCAGCACCGACCAGUUGGGGCACAGGGCGAGGCACAUAAACUACUGGAAGACCGAACUCGAGAGAGCCAUAAAUGAUAUGGACGAAGAGAACAAACUUCUAGAAGCGGUCAGACAGCAGCUCAAAAGCGCUGCGGACGCGUUGAUAACACCGGAGAUGAUAACAGACGAAUGCCUUGAUCUGCGACGUUCCAGAAUGCAAUCCGACAUGAUUUACGACGGGCCCCAACACGCGCUCUACAACGAAGCGGCCCUCAUAGAUAACGUGAAGAGACUACACGCUGACGCUUCCAGAAAGAUCGACAGCCAAAUGAGGCUGAACGCAGCAACAAGAGAUUGCCUCAUAAGCGACUGGAGCAACAAACUGCUAGCAUUCACAUACGAGAGCGGGAACGCCGCGCUGGGAACCAAAUCGGCUCUAGUGAAACAUGCGCCCGGCGCGACUAAACUCUCCGAGGGUCAGUCUGACCUUCAGUCAUGGGAGCAUUACACUACGUCAACUUUGCAACAGUUCAGAAACGCCAUGGACGAGUCUAAGAGGCUGCGGGAAGGCGUGAACGCGAUGCUGAUAAACAGCGCGAGGGAUUUAAGGACGCAGGACAUAAAAGUGAACAAGGAGUUGAGCGAAAGGAUCGCUAGCACCGAGCGGGUGAAGACCGAAAUGGAGAAACAGCUCCGACUGACGCUGGAGAAGAUAUCGGAGACGGAGAACAUUCUGGAGACGUUGCACGGGGAGAGGAUGAAGGUGUCGCAGAGGAUGCAAGUGGCGCAGACGAGGUUGAACACAAAGAGCGGACGGCCGCACGUCGAGAAUUGCAGAGAGGGAUCCUUGGUGGGACUGAUAGCCGAAGUGAGAGACUUGAACGACAGCAUGACUUUGUUGCAGAAGCGGUCUGGAGAUACGCAGAAGGUGAGGGCGGAGCUGUUGUGCGAAAGGUCCAAGUUGGAGAACGAGAUCAUUGUGAAGAACAAGUCGCUUUACAUCGAUAACGAACGCUGUCUGUUCUUGAGGUCGCACUUUCUGUCCGUCGACAAGUUGUGCGGAUAC